ACUUAUACCUUCGUGCUCGAACCCGUUGAUUGAUCUACCAUCUAUAAAACAUGCUUGUCCUGAUUAUCAGAGAAGGCGUUAAACGAACUUUAUCCAGCAUGGUUGGACCUACUAUAUCGUUUAAGCAGAUGACGGUGAAUGAACCGUAUCAAGCAAGAUAGGAUGUUGUGAUCUUUGGGGGCUUAUCUCAAACAAACAGACACCAUGAUUAAACUAGUUUUAAUGCUGCCGAACAAGGUCGGCCGGAGGGACUUGUUCAAGGUGCUGGGAAUACUGUGUUUGUUCUAUAUAUGGAUGCGCACCUGUAACACCGAUGACGUUUGUCAAACAGGAGGAUGUCGUGAAAACAUUAUCGAAUUUCAUCAUACAAAUUUUGUUAAUAAAAGUACGAAGAAGGUUCUAGUGUGGACUAAGUUUUUCUUUUUUGAUUGGGCGAAACACGUUGGUGGAAGGAUGUCGGAGAGUAAAUACAACUGUUCUGCGACAUCUAAUCGAAGUGAACUGGGGUCCGCUGACGCAGUGCUUUUCCAUUUCAUUGACCUUUGGUUCUGGGAGACAGUACCCGGAUUUAGAAGAUCGGAUCAGGUUUGGGUACUGUAUAACAUGGAAGCGCCGCCCCACCAUCACUUCACAGGACUGACGUGGACCCGUUCUUUCAAUUGGACGAUGUCGUAUCGAACAGAUUCUACCAUUUAUAGUCCUUACGGAGAAUUUGUUCCAUUGACACGCGAGGAAGAGGACGCCGCUGCAGUGAUGUAUGGCAACAAGGAUUUUUCUAAGCAUAAGACUAGGAUGGUGUUUGCAGUUAUUAGUGACUGUCAGGACGACGUGCAAAGAUAUAGAUAUAUUCAACAGUUGGAGAAAUACGUCAAAAUAGAUUAUUUUGGAAAGUGUGGCAAUUUAACCUGUCCAAGAACCCCAGAGGCUGAAUGUGAUUCUAAUAAAUAUAGAUUCCGCAUUGCAUUCGAAAAUGCUAAUUGCAGAGAUUACAUAACCGAAAAGAUUUGGAAGAGUUUACAGCAGGAAAGUAUUCCAAUUGUAAACUGGAAAGCAGAACAAGUCGGCAAUAUUCCAAAAGAUUCUUACAUUAAUAUACAUGAUUUCAACGGUGUGAAAGAAUUAGCAGACUAUCUGAAUAUGCUCAGUACAAACACAAAAUUAUACAACGAGUAUUUUACAUGGAAGACUAGAUAUAAGCUUGAAAUCGAAAACAUGUACGCGUUCAAAUAUCUGUGUGACGCCCUCCAUACGCCAAGGAAGGCGCAGACAAUUAUAGAUCCGAACAAGUGGUUAAGGACAGACACUUGUCGUACAUGGUCGAUAAAAGAAGUUGUACGAAGACACUGGGAUAGAUUUCUGUUUGACCUCGGCUGGUAAAAUCCCGUGAGACCUCCGCGUGAUUUCCUUCAAACUUAUGUCUCAGACAUACUCACCUUUCCUGUGGUUUACAGUGGAUAUCAUUUUAAGCAUAAAUGCAAUUUGUAUUCAAACAUUAUAUAUUUCAUAUAUCGUGUUACACGUGUGCACGAUUCUAUGUGAGUUUGAGAUAUUGUGACUGCGUUAAAAUGUACAUUUUAGAAGAUAUACAAUGAACUGUUUCAAUAUUUUCCCGCCAUCUUGUAAGGAUAUAAAUACCUAUGACGUUAAGGUCAAAUAACAAGGUAUUUAAGUAUAUUUUAUUCAUGACUGUUAUCUUAGUCGAAUCCUGAACAGUGUCCAAAUGUGAAGAGACGGAUAUUAGACUAGGCAUCCAAGACGUUUCCCAUAACAUACUCUCAGUCAUCUAAAAACUGUUGUUGAAAUACUACAAUAACAUAACUUAAUUACAUCAUUGUCCGUUUAUAAAUUCUCUUAUUUCCAACAACAUGCUAACAUUUAGUUUGGAAAAUCGUGAGAGAUCCAAUUAGACACAUGAGAUGAAUAUAGAGGUUCCCAAGCUCGUUCUGGUUGAUAACCAUGUUCAUCUAAAUCUAGUCCGAAUUAAUCUGACGUUUUAUCGACUUUUUUAUAUCGGUCUGUCGUCGAUUAACGUCAGAAC